AUGGUUAACCCUAAUCAGGCAGUGCCGAUGGAUGCCAUUUGGCAUUACAAAUACUUUGAUACAUAUGGUAACUUUAUAAAUGGCUUUGAUUACGGACUAAUUCGAAGCUGGAAAACUGGCAAUUUUCAAUUUAAUUUAAGUGACGAAGAACUCGAGGAUUCUAAUGACGAAGAAAGCGAGGGUCCUAAAUGGGAUUGGGACGAAAACACUUGGUCUCGUAGUGGGCCAAUAAAAGUAGCGCUAAAAGCUUGGAAAACCAGUGUAACUGAUACAUUUGGUAUUUCAAAAGAUCCAGACGAAUUUUUUAAAAUCGAUAUUAUGAAUGGUGAAAGAAUAACUAAUUUCCUUUGGUCUACUCCAUUACAAAUAUCCAUUGUUAUUGUGUCGUCAUAUUUUCUCUCAGCAAGUGGUUUUUGUCCAGCUGCAAGCUCUCCAAGAAGAAUUUCUGGAGCAAUAUAG